GGUGGACAUCGACAUCAUUCUCCAACAGAAGAAAUAAAAAAAGUUCCACCAACACUUCACGAUCAGCGCAUCUUCAAGCGAUAACAUCUCCCACCUCGAUAAACAAAUUUCGCGGAAAGCAUGGCCGCUGCGAGUGACAAGGCUCGGUUCUUUCUCGAGCAAUCUGUGCCGGAACUGAAGGAGUACGAACGCAAGAACAUCUUUUCCGCAGACGAAAUCACCAGUAUCACCAGAAAACGAUCCGACUUCGAGCAUAAAAUUAAUGCUCGAGGUUCCACACCUUCAGACUACGCACGCUACGCCGAGUUCGAGAUCAACGUCGAGGCUUUGAGACGGAAAAGAGUCAAGAGACUUGGGAUAAAGUCAACCGCACACAAUGGGAAGCGGCGCAUCUUCUUCGUAUUUGACCGCGGGACGAGGAAGCACCCUGGUGAUGUGGAUCUGUGGUUGCAGGCAAUAGAUUUCGCCAGAAAACAGAAGGCUUACAAGAAACUGCAAGAAAUUUUUGCCAAAGUACUCCGUCUGCAUCCUCGAAAGUCUGACCUGUGGACAUAUGCGGCGCAGUUUGCCCUGGACGAAAACGGCGACAUGACCGAGGCAAGAAGUUACAUGCAGCGAGGACUCAGGUUUUGCAAGUCGUCCAGAGCCAUGUGGUUUGAAUAUGGAAGGCUGGAGAUGUCUCACAUCGCCAAGAUCCAGGCACGUCGGGAGAUACUGGGUAUUUCGACAGGCGGACAGACACAAGAGCAGAUCCUUGAGGAGGACGAAAACGUCAUUAAAUUGCCUAACUUGACAGCGAUGGACAUCAAUCCAGAUGCUGAAGGAGAGGACAGUGCGCACACAACCCUACAGUUCUUCGACCCAACGUCAGCCAUGAACGGAGCAAUUCCCCUGGCGAUCUUCGACGCCGCUAUGGCUCAGUUCAACGAUCCCUCCUUCGGGCUGGACUUCUUCGACAUGGUUGUCGACUAUGAAGCUCUUUCAGCCUGCCGGGAAAUUGCAGCACAUAUUGAAGCAAAGUUGAUGACGGAGUAUCCGCAAGACUGGCACAGUCAGGCAUGUCGCAUUCGGCUGCCUCUUGUUUCACUGCAGCCUAACAGUCCCGAAUUUCCUGCUGCAUUCAGACAAGCUUUGGCACAUUUGAGGGAAGCCAGAGCAAAGACGCAGGAUCCACAACUCGUCGUGUGGGUGAGAGGUUGGUUGCAGGACCUUGAUGCGACACCCGAUCUAGACGAAGGAAUAAAAACGGUGGCAGAGUCUGUUCUGCGGUCAAUCGAGAGUGCCUAGAUGUUACCAGUGUCGAGGAAUUAUUGUACCAUAAUAUCAGUCCAAGCUACCCUUGGACCGAGAUUGCUUCUUGCUCGACUGCAGAUGCUUCCUCUUCAAUCUCGCUUCGUUCUCU